AUGGUUUUAGCUUUGAAUGAUAAAGAAAUGCUUGGUCAAGCUCUAGUUUUCUUGGUUGCUGGUUAUGAAACAACAAGUGUAUUAAUGUCAUUCUUUUUCUAUGUCAUGGCAACAGAACCAGUGAUUCAAGAAAAAGUUUAUAAUGAAAUUCGUCAAGAACUUGGAGAUGAUGAAGUUACUUAUGAAAAACUUAGCCAACUUCAAUAUUUGGAUAUGGUUAUUAAUGAAACACUUCGAAUGUAUCCACCGUUUACUCGAUUCUUACCGACAGAAAAAGCUAAACGACAUCCAAUGACAUAUCUUCCAUUUGGUGAUGGACCAAGAAAUUGUAUUGGCAUGCGAUUCGCACUGUUAGAAACUAAACUUGCGAUAGUCAAUGCAUUGCGUCUAGUUGAAAUACAGAAAUGUGACACGACUGAAAUUCCAAUUCAAUUGGGUCAAUUAACAGUUUUAUCUAGUAAAAAUGCUAUUUGGUUACGUGUUGUACGUCGAUCCCAGUGA